AUGAAACACUUAGUUUGGAUAGCUGGAAGUUGGCUUUCUUGGCGUGGGGCGAACUUUCAUUUGGCGGUUGAGUAUUUUGAUAAAUAUUUGGGGUUAUAUUAUGAGGGUAGAUUGGUGGCUGAGUUAGAAACUGAGUCUAAAAUCUUAUCUGUGGGGUUAGGAGAGAGAUUAAGUCUUCUGUUUGCUUCUGAUCUGGUUAUCUAUGCUUAUGAUUUAGAGCGGGGCACGGUCGUAGAGGCAAAACGGAUUGCCUUAUCUGGGGUUGUUUUUGGACUAGCAGAUCAGGAGUAUAUGAUGGUUAGAAGCUGUACUAAGCAUAUGAAAGAUGUACUUUGGGACCUUAGUAGGUUACGGUCGUAUCCUAUUAAUCGGAAUAGUAAUGGGGAGUCAGAGCGGCAGAUUAUUGGGUGGCGAGUUCUGAGUAGGGAUCGAAUUGAAGUUGAGUAUGCUGAUCGGGUAAAGGAAGUGCUGGUUUAUGAUAAUGAGAAGUUUAGCUGGAUUGUGUCUACUAGAUGUAAAGGGUUUAGUACGACUCUGUUUCUGGAUAAGAGGAACCUGGUAAGCAUUAAUGACCAAACAAUCACUCACUCUGUUAUUUCCAUAAGUCGGAGUUUAUGUCAGGGCCAGACUGUCGAAGUGUGCGAGUUUAAGCCCAAUAGUCUCACUUGUCUUAUUAAUGGCACUCAACACCGGAUUUAUCGCGACUUAAAUGGGUUUGCCAUUAAUCAGCCAACCACGCCCUUCCACUCCCCAGCUAAUUCUACUACCACUACUACCACCACCACCACCACCACUACCACCACUACUACUAACACCACCACUACCAACCCAAUACUAACUACAACCACGCCGCAUGUUUGCAUAGAGAAGAACAACUUACUAAUGGUGAACGGCCGAGUCCAUGCUCGUUUGCUAGGCACCCCGCUCUUUUUGUCUUAUGAUGGCACAUACCUCCAUCGAGUUGAUCAAUGUGGGACUUUAUCUAUUUUCAAAUUGACUGAGCGCUUAGAGUACCUACGAACUAUUAAUAUUGCCCGAGCCGUUGAUUUAGUCGGGUUUUAUGCACUCUCAACGAAACGGGCCACUUUGACUCUGAGUAUCUAUAAAGAGAAAGUCGAAGUAAUUGAACAUCUAGAACGAGUAACAACCAAAAGCACAAUCCAAGCAGCCAAUCCUAUCAAAAGUGCCUGUAAAUACCGCAAAACCAUUGUUACUCAAGAUGUUCAUGGCCAGUACACUCGCUACUAUCUAGAUAAAAACAAGACUCUGGUCAAAGAAGACCUUCAUCCGCCAAAAGAUACAGUCCAACUUCUUUACUCCGCUCCUAACCCAAAUGUUUCUCUAAAGCGCUUAACCAUCAGCAAGACCCACCAAACGUACACGGCUUAUAUCGAAGAGACCAAAACACUUAGCACUACCUUUAUUAAAUUCUUUGGCUUACUACAUACUGGCUACUUCCAUUCUGAUGGGUUUAGUCUCUUUCUUUCGGGCCAGCCCAAGGUUCACUUCCAAGCACCCGUCAAAACUAUGCAGGUCUUUAGCACCGCUCAACUCAGUGCUCUUCUCGUUCAUCUGGCCUGUGGCCGUCUUCAUUUAUUCUACAUUCAAAAUGAACAACUCCUGGGCCGCCUGACCCUAUCUGAACGAAUUACGCCUGAUUAUCUUGAACUGGUUGAUUUAGAAACCAUAGCUACAGUCCAGUUUAAUACUUUUAGUCUCUUUAAAUACACAGACUAUCUCCAUCUUACUUGUUAUAUAACACUAACCCAGCCAAUUACUUCAUUUAUCUACACUAACGAAACGAUCUACUUAUGCGGCAAACAAGGUUUAUUAUGUGCGCUUAGCAACGAUGAGCCGGAUAGCGAGUACUUGUCACCAGAUAGUUCAUUUGGCGUUACCCUUCGCUAA